UACAGUCACUGGGUCCUGAUUGUGACAGUGGAGCCCAGUUUGCACUGCAGGAUCCAGAGAUGGCAUCAGUGAAGCUGGAAGACUGCAGUCAAACACUGGAGCUGAAUGUCAUCAUUAAAGAUGAAGAAGAGGAGGAGAAGAUUGGGAAAUCUGUUUCUCAUGGAGACCAUGUUGAGACAUUCUCUACAUCCAGAGAGCAACAGCAGGAAGAUCACAGAGCUAAGAGGUCUCACCACCUCCCACAUUGUGAGAUUUUCCCAAUUCUAUCAAAGCUAAAAAUACACCUAAAAAUACACACAGGAGAGAAUCUGUAUUCCUGCACUGACUGUGGGAAGAGAUUCACAACAUCACAAGCUCUGAAAAUUCAUCAGAAAGUGCACAUUGGAGAAAAGCCUUACUCCUGCUCUGACUGUGGCAAAUGUUUCAAAACAUCAACUGAGGUAAAAGUUCAUCAGAGAACACACACAGGAGAGAAGCCUUACUUCUGCUCUGCCUGUGGAAAGCGUUUCUCCCGAUUGGAUACCUUAAAAGUACAUGAACGUGUACAUACAGGAGAGAAGCCAUACUCUUGCUCUGACUGCGGAAAAUGCUUCACCACAACAUCUGAUCUAACAGUUCAUCAGAGAACACACACAGGAGAGAAGCCUUACUUCUGCUCUGACUGUGGUAAGUGCUUCAAAACAUCAACUGAGGUAAAAGUUCAUCAGAGAACACACACAGGCGAGAAGCCUUACUUCUGCUAUGCCUGUGGCAAGAGUUUCUCCCGAUUGGAUACCUUAAAAGUACAUGAACGUGUACAUACAGGAGAGAAGCCAUACUCUUGCUCUAACUGUGGAAAAUGCUUCACCACAACAUCUGAUGUAACAGUUCAUCAGAGAACACACACAGGAGAGAAGCCUUACUUCUGCUCUGACUGUGGUAAGUGCUUCAAAACAUCAACUGAGGUAAAAGUUCAUCAGAGAACACACACAGGAGUGAAGCCUUACUUCUGCUCCGACUGUGGGAAGAGAUUCACAACAUUGCAAGCUCUGACAAUUCAUCAGAGAGUGCACACUGGAGAGAAGCCUUACUCCUGCCUUGACUGUGGGAAAAGUUUCUCCCGAUUGGAUAAGUUAAAAAGUCACCAACUAAUACACAUAGCGAAGCCAUUCUCCUGCUCUGACUGUGGUAAGUGCUUCAAAACAUCAACUGAGGUAAAAGUUCAUCAGAGAACACACACAGGAGUGAAGCCUUAUUUCUGCUCUGACUGUGGGAAGAGAUUCACAACAUCACAAGCUCUGACAAUUCAUCAGAGAGUGCACACUGGAGAGAAGCCUUACUCCUGCUCUGACUGUGGGAAAAGUUUCUCCCGAUUGGAUAAGUUAAAAAGUCACCAACUAAUACACAUAGCGAAGCCAUUCUCCUGUUCUGACUGUGGUAAGUGCUUCAAAACAUCAACUGAGCUAACAGUUCAUCAGAGAACACACACAGAAGAGAAGCCUUACUUCUGCUCUGACUAUGGGAAGAGUUUCUCCCAAUUGGAAAAGUUAAAAUGUCCCCAGCGAAUACAUAUAGACAGUCUCACUUCUGCUCUGACUGUGGGAAGAGUUUCCGAUUUAGAUACCUUUUAAAAUGUCACCAGCGUAUACAUACAGGAGAGAAGCCUCAUCAGUUCUCUCAGACCAGCUAAGAGUAAAGUCAUUACAUCACUUCAUUCUCAUCUCAUAAAUUAAGUGGUAACAGUGAAUUUGAUAACAUUUAAGAAAGAAUAAAACACUAUUGGGAUCCUGUUGUUUCUCACUGUGAGAGAACUGUGCAGAGGAAAGGGAGUGUUAUAGAAUGUUAGCCUCUCUUUACUGAUCAGUCUGCACCUUGUCAG